GAAAGUGGAGAGCAGGAGGGGAAAAAGCAUCCAAAGAAGCAGGGCUGGAGGAAAGAGGGGGACUUGCUGGGUGACGAGGCUCCAGCAGCUCCUGCCAGUGGUGCUGGAGCAGUGGGUGAUGCUGGAGGAGCACACAGAGCCCUGCGGGGCUGCACCUCUGCCCACAGCAAAGCUGGGGGCACAGCAUGAGGAUGUCAGCGAGGCAGAGCCAGUACCUCCUAUGUGUUUGUUGUGUCCCACCUCAAUUCAGAUAAUGCAGGUGCCAGCAUCCCAGUUCGGGAAGUUUUAGCACAUCCUAUAGAGGAGAAAUGACAGGAACUCCAGCAAAGUCUCUUUCCAACUUGGAGCUGAAAACUAACACGUCAAAUGCCUCUACGAUAUUAUUUUCAUGAAAUGAUUGUAAAUCAUUGCUGCUCUCUGCUUCAUCCACUUCACCUACAAAGAGUUGUGAUUAUUUUAAAACCAGGGAUUAAACUUCAGGCCAGUUCAUCCCCUGGCUGGAGCCGGGGCAGUUUUAUAGGUGCGAGGACGGGCUCGGACAUCUCCAGCAGAAACCUCAUGCAUGUAGCCUUGCUGGGAAAUGGCACAUGAGCUCCCAGAGCCCGGCUGGAUGCGUGGUGUGGUGGUGUUAGGAGACCGGGAGAGGAGUGAUUUUGUUGUUUGAGAGGUAUCUGUGACAGAAGUGCUUUGCCCGUGUAAUAUAUUCCUGUCCCGGUGAAGCCUUUCUGAUGUAGAUGUGGCUUCAGCCUGUAGGAUGGAUGCAGUAACCCUUUGAAACACAGAAUUGCAAAUUGAUCUCCGGGUCGGUGAAAGCCAGCUACUGGCCAGCAGGCUGCCACAGUGCAUGUGCAGAAACGAAUGGCCACAAGCUCUCCUCUGUUUUUCCUCUCUUCUUGUACCUGUGAUGAACUCGGUCCCGGAAAGCGCUCACAGAUGUGCGUAGCUCAAAGCGAUCAGCCCAAAGUCCAUGCGAUUACUCCCCUUCAUAAAAUGACGUUUUUCCUGCCUGGCCACCACAGAAGUUCUCCCAUCAGAGUUUCGUCCUGCAGCACACCUCUGCUGUAGGUGUCUGGGAGGAGGGCGCUCCUUCAGCUGCUUUCUCUGCAGGUAUCUGAAGUUCUGCUCGCCUUCAGAUGUAGAAGUACUGAAUUCCCAGGAUGUAAGAAACACAGUGCUACUCCUCCAGUGCUGCUGCUGUGUUGGAUGAGGCUGAUGCAAGGGAUGCUCCCCGUGUCGGACAAAUAGUGUUGGCCACACAUCCUUACCCACCCUAGGAGUAAACAUGCUGCUGAUUAGAGGAGAUAAUUUUGACAUGGUGCGUGACUAAUCUCUGGAACUCGCUGCCCCUGAAAGCCAUCGAUGGAGGGUGUUGGGAAGAGGCUUAACCCCCGUGCAGGUGUCAUGCAGCUGAUGGGUCUGCUGUCGGAGGUGAUGGUCACAGCCAGGGCUGAAAUCCUUGAUUAAACAAAACAGUCAAGUAAUCUGGGAAGGUUGGAGCCAUUUGCAAGAUCUUUUGAGUUUAUUGCUCACCCUGCCAAAAAAAAAAAAAAAGUAACCAUUUGGGACCACAGCCUGCUGCAAACGGCUGCCAUGGCUAGCAAAAGAAAGUCAACAACUCCCUGUAUGGUGCGAACUUCUGAAGUGGUGGAACAGGAAGUCACGGAGCGCGUAGAAACUCCUAAAGAGAAGGGGGCUGGCACACCGCAGCAGGACGCUAAAAAAACUUGGCCUUCAGAAAGCUCGGUAAAAGAUUGUGAAGUGGUCGAGGCAAAGCCCCCAGCUGAAAAUCAGUCUAAGAAACCCCAGGGCGGUUAUGAGUGUAAAUACUGCCCUUACUCUACACAAAACUUAAAUGAAUUUACAGAGCAUGUUGACACUCAGCAUCCAAAUGUCAUUCUCAACCCCCUGUAUGUCUGUGCCGAAUGCAAUUUCACAACCAAAAAAUAUGAUUCUUUAUCUGACCACAACACAAAAUACCACCCGGGAGAGAGUAACUUUAAACUGAAAUUAAUUAAACGGAAUAACCAGACUGUUUUAGAGCAGUCCAUUGAGACCACCACUAACGAUGUCACUGUCACGAGCAGUGGGCUAGAAAAUGCAGAGUGUGAGGAUUCGCUUCAUGGGGGAAUUAGUGUGAGUAAAACACCGAUGAUGAAGUUGGGAAAGCCUAAAGGGGAAACCAAGAAGGGUCCCAAAAAGCCAGAAGAGGGAGUUACGGAAAACCACGUGGAUGGUGCUCUCCCCCGCAUCAUAACUGAAGCCACUGAAGCUAUUGCUUGUAUAAACGGAGACCUCCUCCAUGACGUGUUAGCUCAUGUUAUGCCCUCUGUACAGCUACCACCAAAUAUUAACCUUGUCCCCAAGGUCCCGGUACCUCUGAAUAGUACCAAAUACAACUCUGCACUGGACACUAACGCAACCAUGAUCAACUCCUUUAAUAAAUUCCCUUACCCAACGCAAGCAGAAUUGUCAUGGUUGACAGCAGCCUCAAAACAUCCAGAAGAACAGAUCCGAAUCUGGUUUGCUACGCAACGUUUGAAGCAUGGCAUCAGUUGGUCUCCCGAAGAAGUGGAGGAGGCGAGAAAGAAGAUGUUCAACGGUACUAUCCAGGCAGUUCCCCAAACCAUCACCGUCCUGCCAGCUCCUUUAGCAACGGCAAAAAUCCCCCCUCCCAUCAUCCAAACAGCUUUGCCCUGUCAGAUACUGGGCCAGACUGGUCUGGUUUUAACCCCUGUGUCAAACGGUUCAGCAGUUUCCUGUUCACCAAUUACGCUUGCUGUUGCCCCAAACCAGGGACAAAAGAGGACAAUACAGACCCUAGCAAGUGUUCCGGAGGCCAAACGUCCUCACGUAGUUCAGGUGCCCGAGAGUCCUGCCAAGCUGACUGCCGUACCGCUGACGCCAGCCAGCGAGCGAAAAAAGACGAAGGAGCAGAUAGCAGAGCUGAAGGCCAGCUUCAUAGCAAGCCAGUUUCCCGACGACACAGAAGUCUACCGGCUGAUAGAGGCAACGGGUCUCUCCCGGAGUGAGAUCAAGAAGUGGUUCAGCGACCACAGGUAUCGAAGUCAGAGGGGCAUUGUGCACGUCACCGGCGAUGCUUUAGGGAAAGAUCAAAUAGCACCUUCACUGGGUCGGCAUGGCCGCUCAUUCCACCCAUAUGCAGAUUUUGCACCCCAGAAGUUCAAAGAGAAAACCCAAGAGCAGCUUAGGGCCCUUGAGGAGAGCUUCCUACGAUGCUCUUUUCCGACCCAAGGAGAAUUGGACAGGCUUCGAGUGGAGACUAAGCUGAGCAGGAGGGAGAUUGAUUCGUGGUUCUCUGAGCGGAGAAAGAUAAGGGACAGCAUGGAGCAAGCUGUCUUGGACUCAAUGGGAUCAUACAGAAAAAUUAAAGAACAAGGAACUCCCAACGGUGCAAUAAGCCAAGCAGAACUGCUGAAUAGCUCCCAGCUCCCCGGUGCUUUGUCUGGGUCCUCUGCCACAUUUAAGAAAACCCAGGAGCAGAUUCAUCUACUGAAAAGCACAUUUGCAAGAACUCAGUGGCCAUCACCCCAGGAGUAUGACCAGUUAGCAUCUCAGACUGGGCUCACAAGAACUGAAAUAGUUCGCUGGUUCAAGGAAAACCGGUCUUCGUUAAGAACGGGGUCGCUUAAAUGGAUUGACCAGUACCAGCAGCAGUACGCUGUUGAUGGCCAUCACGAGCAAAACCAGAAAAAGGGAUCAAAACUCACUGAGAGUCCAAAGAAUGGUAACGAGGUGUCUCGGCAGCAUUACCAGGAGCAUAAAAAGCUGAACGAAGAGAACGCGGGGAAAAUGGUGGUGAGAGCAAAAAGGGACUGCGAGCCAUUGAAAGACUCUUUGUUGGGGAACCAAGCGGAGGGUGCGGAGAGGCUGGAGUGCAACAGCCACGACGGCCACGGCAGCGAGGAGAACGAGGAGCCGGCCGAGGUCAACUGGGUGGAGGUGACAGUGGGCGAGGACGACGCCGCAUCGGACUGUACGGACAGCUGGAGCCAGGCGGCGCCCGAAGGCCAGGCGGAGCUGGCGGACUUUGACUCUGAAAGUAUAUCUGGAGACAAUGCCCACGUAUAGACAGGGGUACUCAUCAGCUGCACUGUCCUGACAAUGAAGGGGAAUUCUGCCUGAAAAUAGAACAGAAGUCUAUUUUCCUGCCUGGGGUGAGAUAGCGUGUUGCGACUCCAAGUCUCAAACCGUGCUCGCGGAGGCACAGUGAGAAAUACUCUUGUGGAGCACCGUCAUGGGGUUGUUUAUAGUGCCAAAGUCCUACUACUGCAUUGAAAAGGAAAAGGAAGAAAGAAAAAAGGGUCCUUGUACAUAGGGUUCUCCUUCGCUUUUCUCCCACCCACUUUCCUGCCCAUCCUCUUCCUGUACUGGAACAGAUUUGUACGACGUGGAAAUUUUGUUAACUUUUUAAUAGGUGCGAGUUAUUCUUGCAUAUAAUGCCAUGGCAAAAUUUUAGGGUUGGUUUUGGGGGAGGGAGGUGUCUUUUGUGGGGAGGGGGGAGAGGAGAUUUUUUUUCCGAAUCACUGAAUCACAAAACAGCUGAGGUUGGCAGGGCCCCCUGGGGUCCACCUGGUCCCCCCCUGCUCAAGCAGGGACGCCCAGAGCAGGGUGCCCAGGGCCACGUCCAGGUGGCUUUUGAAGAUCUCCAAGGGAGACCCUACAACCUCUCAGAAGUGUUUGAAGAAAGAUUUGCAAUUUUUGGAAUCUCUUUGGUGCCGAUCGACAUCCGAUCCCAGAUUCCCACCCCAGCAGCCGUUUACAUUUCAGCCCACGCAAUGCAGUUUGGGUUUGGGGAGGGGAGGGGCGGUCUGCCUUGGUUGGGGCUUUGGUUUUUUUUUCCCUGUUGUUUUGACUUUUUUGUUUUGUUUUAUGGCCAUCUUCUACUGGUUGAAAUAUUUAAAUCUCUGCUUUCCUGUGCUCCUAUGAAGCAAGUCUUCUCCAGCUCCUGUACUUCACUUUCCACAAACGAGGCCAGACCGUGGGUCUCUGACGAUCUUUGCUACAAUGCCUUUUUUUUUUUUUUUUUCCUGUUUGUUUGGUUUUAGCACUUUUUGUUUGAACACGCAACCCCCGGAGGGGUUGGAGUGAGAAAAUGAAGAUGCUUCGUAAUCUGAACUUGUUUGCGUUUCUUGGGCUGGUACAAGGAUGGACAGCAUAAACACGAGCCUGUCCGCCAGCUUUAGAUGUUGCAGCGCACAACAGAAAUUUCUGAUUAACCCUUGCCACUAAAUUUUUAGAUCAGUUCUAGAUUCCUGAGUGCACUUUUUUUCAAGUACUGCUCAUUUUCCUUUGUGCGGGGUGUCUGUAUGUGCGGGUGUGAGGAGGAAGAAGAGGAGGGAGAGCAGGAGCGUGCGUGCGGGUGCUGGAGCGGGUGCAGGAGCCGGCCGCUCGGUUACUCGGACCAGCUGCGUUUUGAAACCUUACCCAUAUUUCAGUACACUGCACAAACACAAUGCUAGGGAGUUUGAAUAAAUCCAAUUUUUCUAACUUGUUGCUCAUUUGUUGUAACUCAAUAAAACAAAAGCUAGACAUUUUGGUAACCUU